AUGCAAUUCGAAUGGAUGCCGCCCUCGUUGAUCAACCCCGACAACACAUCCACAGAUCAUGCACCUCCGAGUAUUUUCAUUAUUUACAGUAUUCCUGCACUUCUUCUAUUCGUGGUCAUUUUCAUAAUCAAAUGGAGACCGUGUUAUGAGUUCAGAGGGAUGCGGCAUUGUUUACGAUGGUACUUGUAUUGCUGUAGCAAGGAAACGCUGAAGGAAAUGCAAAGUAUCGACCGCGAACGUAUUCUCGUCAUUGAUGCCGAAAGUCUCGCCUCCUCAUCAUUCUACGAUUCUCCGCGAAUUCCAUUAAAGAAACGGGAUUCGAUUGAACUGUGCUCAGCUGGAGAAUGCCAGCCCUCUAUGACUACGCUGAAUGACUAA